AUGAAAGGGUUCGCCCGAGGCGUUGGACUCGGAUUCGGUGUCAGCUUCCUUCAUACCGAUAUCCGGCCAAGAGGCUGUCCCCUGGACAUGUCCACGACAUUGCAGACACACAGCCGGACAAAGCCUUACUGCAGCGAGCUGAUAGUCACGAAAGUGGACAGAGUUGAAGAUGCCCUGAAGCACUCCAAGAGCUGCGCUCGGCUAGAAGCGCCUGGCUGGGGGGCAUCAGUGUCGACGUCGGCUGAAAUGGCUUUUGGGGUCAAUACGCAGGACACCAGUGCGACCGUCCUGCUAACAUUCAUCUCAGAGACUGAACGUCACAAGAUAGAUCCAUUCGAGGCACGCCUCUCAGAUACAGCGCUCAAAGUUCUCGCACCACGUGAUGGAGCCUAUGACGGAGAAGCCGCGGCCCUGCAACGCUUCACCGAAGAGUUUGGCACACACUUUGUGGCAGCCAAAUUCCUUGGAAUCAAGCUGGAUGCGAGUGCGACCGCGAACUGCUCCACUAGAUCUGAGUCAGGCAUCCUCGCCGCUGAGUUUGAAGCUUGGGGGGCCUCAGUAGCUGCCUCAGUAGCUGCUGGUGGCGGGCCUGUGAAGCAACAAGAGUGGCGGAGACAAGCAAAGGCGAUACAAGGCAUGACGAUUCAUUGUCAAGCCCAGGGCUUUCAACCUGGCCCCUGUCGAACACCUGAGGAUAUUCUGAGGCAGUUGCAAUAUGCUGUAGACGCGCGCGAGUCCUGCUGUCUCCUGGGCAUGGAGGUAUAUCCCUGGAGGGUUCUUCCGUGUGUGCAACACGCAUUCAUGAGUUUGAAUGCGAAGCCCACAUACAUUCCGCGUCGCGACAUUGUCGAGCUGGCCCAAGACUUGAUCUUCUACUGCUUGAUGUUCGACACAAGGAAGCGAAGCAUUGUCUCGACCGUAUCGGAAGAUCCCACAGAACAUGUGCACCGACAGCUCACCGAGUUGGCGGAGGAGCUGGCGCAGGCACAAAGAAGAUGCCUGGAACGGCUGAUGCAAGAACCACAAGAUGCAGUCGGAUAUGCGAAAGAGUUGAACCAACAAAUCUCCAGCACGAUACAGAAUAUUACAUCGGUGGACAAGCUCUUGGCAAAGAACAAGGCGAAGCAUGCGAAGCUUGAGUACGUUGCAGGCCGAGAGUUCCGUGAGAAGUUCAAGACGCUCCGCAUCCUCGAUCGCCCAUCCUCGGAGGCAUUGGUUGUCAAAGAGCUUCUUGAGCCGGAGUUGUCAAGAAUUGUCCUUGUCGCCGAUGACGCAAUGAACUCGGACUACUACAUCAUCUUUCGCAUCAAGGAUGGAGAAUCACCAGACGUUCCGAUAGACGGCUGGAUCCCGAAGCGCGUCGAUGGCUAUACCACCUUGGUGAUCGCCAACUUUGCAGCUUCGCAGGAAGAUCCGGCAAGGUCAUGGAGCGCCUGGAGUGAUUGCCCCCCUGGAGAUUGGUUCAAAGGCGACGGCUUCUGGCUGAAUAGAAUCGAAGAGGUCGCCCUGGAAGUGGAUGACCCCCUCCUCACAGAAGAGGAACAGCUGGAGCUCGAGGAGGCUGUGGCCAAGAGCUCGGAGGGAGAGGAGCCGUUUCUGACUGUUCCCAUCUCGGAGCCUCGGCUGGGCUUGGGCGAAAGUUUGAACACCGCAGCGCUUGGGAUCCGGGAUCUAAACCGCGUGGGGGACCGGGAAGUGUCCCCUCUGUCGGUGUUGAUGACCACCUUCGACCUGCCAGACGACAUCGAAUGGCUACAGAAGCAGCUCAAUCUGGGCAGAGACACGCCGGUGACGCUCUGUGGGCACCCGUGGCCAACCAGGGAUCGGCUCUGGAGGGAGCUUCAGGCUGUCUUCGAGGAUGUGGCCCUGCAUUUUCCAGGAUCCCCCUACCUCUCCCGACACUCGAACACCGACAUCCGGAUGCCGGAGGCGAACAUGGAGCCUGUGGAGGGAGGAGGAUACAGCGAGUGCAGCGUGCAUUCCAAGUUGAUGCUCCUGGAGUUUGAGGACCGGCUUCGGGUUGUUAUAUCCAGCGCCAAUCUGUUGCCCAGGUUUUGGCAGAUGAACAAUGAGGUGGUUUGGGUGAAGGACUUCCCACGCCUGCAACAUGAGGGCUUGCACGUCUCGGCACUGCUUCAAAGCGGGAGUUUCGGUCAGACAUUGUCCCACUGCUUGGCAGAGCUACUCAAUGACGCUCCUGGACAUAGGCGCAUGCAGUGGCUGUCAACACUUUCGCAUUUUGACUUGGAGUGCAAUGUCCACCUCGUCAUGUCUCGCCCCGGCAUCUACGAGAAGUCGCGGCCUCUGAGCCCCACGCAGAUCGGAUUGAGGCUGUCGCUCAUGGAGGAAAGCCUGGAGAUCAUGAGAUCAGAAGAAACGGAGAGCCUGUUCUCGGCGGCCCGUGGGGAAUUCACCGGAGAGGCCAGGCUUCAGAAGCGCGACGAGUGUUGGAUGCUGUGCCUGACGGGCUUACCCCUGGCAUUUCUGAGCCCGGCCUCCUGCAAAGCACUCGCCGCAGCAGAGACUCUGGGGUUCGAUGUAACGGACGGCCUGAAGGUGGACCUCUUGGCCACCGACCUCCAAUAUCCCGAGCCUGAGCCCUCUUCACCAAACGAAGAGAUUGCCUGCAAGCUGCCGUUGGUGCAAGUUACCUUGGAAAGCCCAGGAGGCCCUUUGCCAGUCAUAGACAGCAACGACAUCCAUGCGACGAGCGGGGUCGCCGAAUUCUUGGCCCACCUGGAGAUCAACUAUGGGCUCAUGGCUCUUCGAGCCAAUCUGUCGCACCUCCCCUGGCGCCAGUCGGAAGAGCGAAGCUUCGUGGCCCUGAGCUCAUCGUUCAGCCGUCUGGAUGGGGACUGGUUCCGGGCCUUUGAUGAUUGUGUGGGCCGGGCUGCUGGCGAAGGGGACUUGCCAGGACCACGCGUCCUGGUUCCGGCAGAAGGAGGGCUCCGCUUCGAAGUGGCCUCUAUGGGAGAGCCCCGCCUCGUGGCGCACCGGGCGCCGUGGCACUCGCCGGGACGGGAGAAAGUCCGCAAUCAUGGAAAGCUUAUCGCCCGACUUUGCUGGGAUGAGGCGGAAUCACGGCCGUAUGGCUGGAUCUAUGCGGGCUCCCACAAUCUCACCGUCUCUGCGUGGGGUACCAUACACAGGUCCGAGACCCGGCCCGUCCUACACUGGAGUGGAAACCGGGAGCUGGGCGUCCUUCUUGUGGAGCCGAGGUCCUCGAAUCAGGGGCUGUUUCGCCACACCCCGCUGCCUUUCAACCUUCCCUUGGAGCCGAUUUCCUUGGAAGGUCGGGAGAUCUGGGGCGAGGACUCAUGGGACUGGAAUUGGCAGAAGGAGGGCUAUGAGACCCACAACGGCAUAUGGGACGAGAAUGGAGAAAACGGGGAGACAGAGGAGCGAGAGGCUUCAGACCAAAAACUGGUGGUGGUGGAGCACUUGAGCUGCCUGUCCGGCCCAGCGCUUGAAGACCUGCCGGGUAAUUAUCCAGCUGUGCCACCGUGGCAGACCGGUCCGAUCCUUCGACCAGAGCGACCCGUCCCAGUGCGAGCGUACCACAUUCGGCUCGACAGCGGUGGAGACAAGCUGAUGAAGGCCAAGAACUUGGAGAGGAUACCAGGAGCUGCUUCUGCUGCACCUGCUACCUCAGGGAAGGCACCAGCACCGGCUUCUGCAGCACCAACUGCGACAAAGACCACGGUUGCUCCGGCUGCAGCGGCGCCUGCGCCUGCGCAAGCGCGCCCACAUCCCGCACCAGCAUCAGCACCUGUGCCCGUUCGGCCGCCGCCAAAGCUGCGCGACCUGCUGCAGGCUGCAAAGCCGAACUGGACGGAGAAGGACUUGAACAACGUGGUUGAGAAGCUCUCUAAAGCUCAGGUACAAGGCGGGGAGUUGCCUGUCGUUGUCUUUUCAACAUGGGACGGCAUGUUGGGGCUGGUUGGCUAUGCUUUGCUGAUCGUGCUGCAACAUCAGUGUUGUGUGACCGCGGAGAGCAUAGCGAGGCAAAAGACCUCGGUUGUCAACAUGGGCUUUGCUGCCACCUGCCUUGAGCUCGUUCGGCCACGCAAUGAGGGAGCAGCAGCAGCGAGCCCGCGUGUUGCCCGCAUUCCCUUGCUCCUUGCAGACUCUGGAGAAGGCAGCACAGACAUGAGAACUGCAGACCUCGAGGCACCCGCAGAGACUUCCAAUCUCUCCGAAAUUGGCACGGGAAGUUCGGACCUCGACGAUCCCCUCGCACUGGCUGAUCUACUCUUGGAUCCCCAGAUCAACGUGCGCUUGGUCCGCGGCACUUUCCUGAGGAAGCUUCACCAGGAGCAGCGGCCCGUGGUCAGGCGGCAAGAGAUCGAGCAGGAGGCGGAUGCAGUGGUCACGCAAGACGAGCUGAUCAGGUGGAAGACGGACGCAGACUUCCGCCAAAAGGAGUGGUCUUGGUACUUCUUCGACUACAUGUCGAUCUACCAAUUCUAUCGUGGCAGCGCUGAGAGUUAUCAGCAGCAAUGUUUCGAUCGAGCCAUGGCGAGGAUGCACUACUUCUAUGCUCAUGAAUACACUCACACCUACUUCAUCACCAAGCUUUCGCCAGCGAGAGCACUCGACACCACGCACAAGAUUGAAGUCUUCUAUGCCCCCGAUGGAGACGGGGAAGCUGGACAAAUUAAGGAAGUGCCAAUCAAGGAUUUGAAGCGGAACGGCACGCCCUACUUCGAACGUGGCUGGUGCGAGGCGGAGAUGCAGUGGUCCUGCAUGCGGGGUAAGGCAUCGCAGACGGUCGCUCUCGACUUUUUUGAGCAUUCGCGGCCUUUGUCUCUCCAUGGCAGAGCCCCCAUGGCGCCUGACGUUUUCCAAAGACUAGUUCAACGGAAUGAGCUCAGGUUUACCCAUGCAGACAAUUCCAAAGAUGUCAUGGAGUUGCAAAGGCGAGUCUUUCUUCAGAAGGCCGCAAGCUUGGAGGUCCUGAGUCGCACGGACUUGUCUGCAAGCCAGAUCGUCAUUCUUGGCCUCGCCCUGCCCUUCUACAGCAGGCUGCAGGUUCUGGAGAUCUUUGGCAGCCAGAUCGAAGCAGAUGGUGCUGAGGAGGUUGCCAAGGCGCUCAACAUGAAGAAGCUCACGUUCUCGCACUGCUUGAUCUCCUGCACCGCGAUGUCAGCUUUAGCCGGAGGCUUCCAGGGCAGCCAGAAGCUCGCACACCUCAAGUGCACAUCAUGCGCACUUCGCAGUGAGCACAUAGAGGCAUUGUCUGGAGGUCUGACAUCACAGAGCCAGAUCACGAUCCUGGACCUUUCGGAAAACGAGAUAGAUUGUGAUGGCGCCAACGCCUUGGCUCGAGCCUUGCUGGAAGGUAGCAAGCUGCGGCAAGUCUCUCUCCGUCGCAACAAGAUUGCAGAUCGAGGCGCAGAGGCCUUCGCCGAUGUGCUCCGGCGAGCAGCGAUGGAAUCGCAACCGUUGAGUCACCUGGACUUAGACGACAAUGAGAUCGAGGCCCGAGGAUGGAAGCUGCUAGAUCAGGCAUUGGAGGAAGUGGAGUGGCUGGCUGAGGCUUGGUUCGACAAGUUUCGGCUCGGAACACACAAGAAACCAGAAAUGCUCCAGACGCUGCGCAGCGCAGGUCAGAAGAUCUUCGCCACGGAUACCGUCGCGGCGCUACGGCAGCGGGUGGACUUGGAGGAGCCACCGAAGCCGCAGAUCGAGAAGAAUCCCCAAAACUUGCCGGUGCAGCGUUGGGAGGUCGUGCACGACCUUGCGAUGGUUCGAGAGAUGCCGUCGCUCGCUGCUCGAGCCCUGGCACGGAAGGAUCGAGGCGAGAUCGUGCAUAGCGCAGAGGAGACCUUCGAUGGCUUCCUAAAGCUCCACGGCGAGGAGGGCUGGUGCGCCAAGGACUGCCAGGGCAAGCUGGGCCUUGGUACGCUCCUUCGGCGCUUGCCCGGCCAGCAGGACAUGGUCUUGGCGGCCGACUUCCCGGCGCCGGGAUCUGGGCCGCAGCAUUUCAAGGUAAUCUUCAGUCCAAGUGUCGCUGUGCGGGCAGCGCCCUCCACCGAUGCCAACAUCAUCAGCGCUCGCCGGGUGGGAGAGGUCGUAUUGGCCGAGUCCCAGACAUAUUCGGGAUGGAUCAGAUUGGAAGGAGACGGUGGAUGGAUGCUGAGCAGACAUCCACAGCACGGCGUCCUGCUUCAGCCUGCCUUCGACAAGGCGAGGCCACAGGAGGGCCAAGACGAAGGUUUCGACAACAUGGACCAGGUGGUCCAAGACACCUUGCAGAGACACCGAGCGUCCCAGGCGGCUCCCUCGGAUCUCCAUAGGCCCUCUUCCCAGCCGGAGCGUCCUGCUGCGGAUGCGGAGCAGCAAAAAGCGGAACAGAGGAGAGCAGCCGAAGCUCAAAGAGCUCGAGAGCUUGAAGAGAAGAGACGCCAGGAAGAGGACCGGAGGCAGAAGCAGGCCGAGGAGGAGCAGCGCAGAAAGCAAGAGGAGAUUCGGAGAGUCCAGGAGGAGCAAGAACGGAGACGGCAGCGAGAAGAAGAAGCGAAGCGAGCCAAAGAGACAGAGGAGGCGAAAGUCGCUGCCGUGCAGCUUGCUGCAGAGCAGGAACGACUGCUGGAUGCCUUUGCAGAUGCAGCCGCGUCUGGCGAUCCCGCGAAGAUCAAGGUGGCGCGUGACGCGGCCAAGAAAGGGGGCGUGCCGACCAAGGCGUCGAACCGUUUCGGAAAGUCCUCAACGCUCUCGUCGACUUUCUCAAAGUCCUCGACUCUUUCGUCGACCUCGGGCUUCCUGCUGGGCUGCAAUGCACGGGAGAAGACAUUCCAGAGAAUGAGCUCAGCGGUCGGUGUGUCUUUCGAGCGUUUGCGUGCGGAACCUCUGGGCGAAGUUCCUGAGUCCAUGGUGGCGACCGGAGGCUCAUCCUCGCUUGGGCGGAGAUCUUUCGCCCGUCGGGGUCAGGACGUGAUCAACAGACCGCCGUCAUCGCAGCGCUUUUUGGCCACCUCUUACGACGGCGAGUGGAAGCUGCGGUCCGACAUCCAGAAGAGAUCUUUCGGCCAGGAGACAUCCUCGCCCAGGGACGAGCACCAGACGUGGCUCAAAGGUGUGCUCGGAAAGAGGAAGAAGCCGCCCGUCGUGGGCAACAUGAGAAGGCUGGACCUAACCAGCAGCUUGCUGAGAAGUAUGGAGCGGCCCGGGUGCGACUGGGAUCCUCUCCGAGACCUGCGCGUGCAAGGGGUCCAGGAGUCGGAGCCCUCCACCGCUCGCACGUCUCUGUCCAGUGAGACUGGGGAUAUGGCAGACACCAGCAUGACGAGCUUCAGCAGGCUCACCAGACGCAUGUCGGCCUCCCUUCGGUUGGGAAGACGCCGGAGCUCUGCUCGCUCUGGGCUGCCGCCGAAGGAGGAGGCAAGGGCGCCGACUCCUUUGGAAAAGAUGACUCUGCAGAAGAUUUCGCAUCUUCAGGAUAUUCCUUGGCAGGUGAGCAAGCAAGCCUUCAACUGGUUCUAUCAGUUUGCCGACACUGGCACAUGGGAUCGCGAAGAGCUGGGGCUGUCGGAGGAGGCCGUUCUUGACGGCAUCCCGUUUGAGCUGCCCAGCUUGGGCAGCAUGUCCCGGAACGCGCUGUUCCAGACCUGCUGCGCCAUAAGCGAUGUGGACGAGCCUGCGCAGCUGGACAUGGAGUUCGUCGGAGGUGCACUCAAAGCCGUCGAUGCGAACCAGAACGAUGCACUGGACCUGGUCGAGUUCCUGGACUUCUACCAUCGCUACUGCUUCUCUGAGGAGGUGCUCCUCAGCCGUCAAGAGCGGGAAUUGAGACAGCUGGCGCGGAAGUAUGGCUUCAGCUUCGUCGAACUCGACCAGCUCAAGAAGAAGUUCGACCAGGCCGACCGCAACCAAAGCGGCAAGCUGGGCUACGAGGAGUUCCUCUCCCUCAUGGCAAUGCUCACAAAUCUUCCGCCGGGGCAGGAGUUGCCAGAGAAGAAGAAGAAGGAGUGGUGGAUUGCCGCGAAGCAAGGCUGGCGAAGGCACUUGGACUUGGAUGCAUUCUUGUCCUUCUACGUGUCCAUCGGCAACUGA